AUGAUGCCUCUUUUGACACUUUGCACAUGGACCCGACUGGUCGGUGAUGGGCUGGACAAGUUUGCGUGCAUUUCUUCUAUGCCAAGGUGUAAGUCUUGCCCUCGGCCCAAUCUCGUUCCGGUUGAAGUAAUUCCCUUCGAUCCGAAGCAAGUGAACGCCACAGCGUGCACAGAUUGCGAAGUUGCCAAUGACAAUUGGCGCUUUGAGCAUUGCUGGUGUUGA